CGUCCCGUGGCCAUGACGACGGCCCCGCGGGACUCCCUAGUUUGGAAGCUCGCGGGGCUGCUGCGGCAGUCGGGGGACGUGGUCCUGUCUGGCUGCAGCACGCUGAGCCUGCUGACUGUCACCCUGCAGCAGCUGAACCGCAUGUUUGAGCUGCACCUAGGACCAUGGAGUCCUGGUCAGAUAGGCUUCGUGGCUCUGCCCUCCCACCCCGCCGACUCCCCAGUCAUCCUCCAGCUCCAGUUCCUCUUUGACGUACUGCAGAAAGCACUUUCACUCAAGCUGGUCCACAUCCCUGGCCCCAGCCCCCCAGGGCCCAUCAAGAUUUUCCCCUUCAAGUCCCUUCGACAGCUGGAGCUCCACAGUGUCCCCCUCCACUGUCUGCGUGGCCUCCGUGGCAUCUACUCCCAGCUGGAGACCCUGAUUUGCAGCAGGAGCAUCCGGGCUUUAGCGGAACUCCUCUCUGCCUGUGGCGGUGACCUCUGCUCUGCCCUGCCCUGGCUGGCGCUGCUCUCAGCCAACUUCAGCUACAACUCCCUGAGCGCCUUAGAUAGCUCCCUGCAUCUCUUGUCAGCUGUGCGCGUCUUGAACCUGAGCCACAAUCAAGUCCAGGAUUGCGAGACCUUCCUGAUGGACUUGUGGGAACUACACCAUCUGGACAUCUCCUAUAACUUCCUGCGUUUGCUGCCCAGAAUGGGACCCUCAGGGGUCGCUCUGGGGACCCUGAUACUGCGAGGCAAUGAGCUCCGGAGCCUGCUCGGCGUGGAGCAGCUGAAGAACCUGCGGCACCUGGAUGUGGCCUACAACCUGCUGGAAGGGCACAGGGAACUGUCGCCACUCUGGCUGCUGACGGAGCUCCGCAAGCUUUACCUGGAGGGGAACCCUCUGUGGUUCCACCCUGCGCACCGAGCAGCCACUGCCCAGUACUUGUCGCCCUGUGCCAGGGAUGCUGCUCCCGGGUUCCUUCUUGAUGGCGAAGUCUUGUCACUCACCGAUUUUCAGACGUCCACCUCCUCAGGACUUGGUCCCGAAUCCCCACCUAUGCCCGCGCCAGUCAGGAGUACCACUGAGACUUCAGGUGGCCCCGACUGGAGUGACAGUCCUUCCUCUGGGGGCGUUGUGGCCCGGCCCCCACUUCGGAAGGUUAAGAGCCGAGUGCGUGUCAGGCGGGCCAGCAUCUCCGAGCCCAGUGAUACUGACCCAGAGCCCCGGACUCCAGACCCCACCCCGGCUGGCUGGUUUGUACGGCAGCAUCGGGAGCUCGAGCUCAUGAACAGCUUCCGGGAACGGUUUGGCUGUGACUGGCUGCAGUAUAGGAGUCACCUAGAAACCUCUGAGAAUCCUCCUCUGGCUACCUCACAGACCUCCAAUGUCAGCACACUGCCCCCGGGUACCCUGGGCCCAGAGCCUCCCCCUGGCCCCUCACCCCCUGAGAAGGAAGCCCACAGCCCUGGGCGCUCACCACAGGAAACAUCAGAGGAGGUCAGGGUGGGGCCAGAGCCCCAGGAGGAAGAGGAGAUGGGGGACCUGGAGGAACAGGGGCAGAAUGAAGUGGAAGCGGAGCUUUGCCGGCCCAUGUUGGUGUGUCCCCUGGAGGGGCCUGAGGGUGUGCGGGGCCGGGAGCGUUUCCUCAGGGUCACCUCGACCCACCUGUUGGAGGUGGAACUCCAAGCAGCUAGAACUCUGGAACGGCUGGAGCGUCAGAGUCUGGAGGCUGCUGAAAUGGAGCUUGAGCCCCAGACCCAGAGAGAACCGGCACCUGGUGUGAGUGACUUGGACCCGGGGCCACCCCCCAUCCUCAGGCUGCGCUUCUCCUACAUCUGUCCAGACCCGCAGUUACGGCGCUACGUCGUGCUGGAGCCUGACGCCCAUGUAGCUGUCCAGGAGCUGCUUGCUGUGUUGACCCCAGCCACCCCAACAGCCUGGUAUCAGUGUGGGGAAGCAACAGACCCUCUGAGGGACAGAUGCCAGUGCUUGCGUUGUGGCCAUGAGUUCCAGCUAGAGGAGCCCAGGUUGGGAGUGGACAGUGAGAAUGGCUGGAGGCCUCUGUUUCAGAAGACUGAUCAUCCUGCUGUGUGUCCAAACUGUGGUAGUGACCAUGUGGUUCUCCUGGCUCUGCCUCCCAGCGAGGAGCAAAGACACGGGGAAGAGUCCCCCACUUGCUCUCCGUCCUCCAGCUCUGUCUGCGACUCCUCUGGCCACAGUGACCCCAACACCAGGAUCGACAGUGUCCCGUUGCAGGCACCUGUCUCCCAAGACCACCAUAGCUGGAACCUUAGUCCCCCCCCUGACCGCUGUGGCCUCCGCAUGGUGGACCACCGGCUCCGGCUGUUUCUGGAUGUGGAGGUGUUCACGGAUGCCCAGGAGGAGUUCCAGUGCUGUCUCAAGGUACCACUGGUGAUCACAGGCCACACAGGGGAGAUGCUGUGUCUUGUGGUGGUGUCUGACCACAGGCUUUAUGUGUUGAAAGUGACAGGGGAGAUCUGUGGGCCUCCGGCUGGCUGGCUACAGCCGACCCUGGCCAUCCCCCUGCAGGAUCUGAGCCGUAUAGAGUUGGGCCUGGCAGGACAGAGUCUGCGGCUGGAGUGGGUGGCCGGAGAGAGCAGUUGCAUCCUACUACCCCGAGAUGCCAAGUGUUGCCGGGCUUUUCUGGGGGAGCUCACUGAUGUCUUGCAAUCUCUGCCCCCCACCUGGAGGAGCUGCGUCAGUGCCACAGAUGAAGUAGUGACCCCACAGCACUGGCUCUGGCCACUGCUGGACAAAGACUCCUCCUUGGAGGCUCCCCGCUUCUUCUACCUUCGGGUGUUCCUGGUGGAAGGCCUCUCUGUAAGCCCUGUGUCCCUACUGCUGACUCUGUCCACCCUGUACCUGUUAGAUGAGGAUUCUGCAGGGUCCCAGGCAGAACCUCCGACCCCAGCAGCAUCUGGCGAAGCCUUUGAGCCGGCAGCUCCCUUUCAUGUCAGGGAGCAGCAGCCCCUCAGCAGCCUGAGCUCAGUACUGCUCUACCGCUCGGCCCCCAAGGACCUGCAGCUGGUCUUCUAUGAUGAGGUAUCUCGGUUGGAGAGCUUUUGGGCGCUCCGUGUUGUGUGUCCGGAGCAGCUGGCGGCACUGCUAGCCUGGAUCCGGGAGCCCUGGGAGGAAUUAUUUUCCAUCGCACUCCGGACUGUGACUCAUGACGCUCUGGAACCUGACCGGUGA